AACUCAGCUGUCUUCAGAAGUGACAGACAGACAGACUCUCUGUUUACAGUGCAGAACAGGUUAUUUAUUAUGGGAAGUGUGUUGAUUCUGUAUUAAUCCUAUCAAAUUUAAUGUAAAUAUUAUAAUUUUUUAAUUGUUGAAUUGUGCUUGCAACCAUGGCUCCAUCGCUCAGUAAAUAUGUAACGAAAAAAACUGUUUUUGGUGCCGCUAGUGUAUCGGUUAUCCUAUGGCUGUUAACACGGAGGAAAAAUCAAAGUAAAUCCAAAGCCAGGAGGCCUCCCCAUAUGGAUAUUCAGUAUAUGAUUGGAGACAAAUCACAAUCGAAGACAAAAGCUCAAGUGGACGCCGUAUUUUUCAAGCAGAUCCGUCACAUUCUGAGCAUCGCGAUAAAGGGCGUGCUCACACCUGAAGCCGGCUUUCUGCUUCUAGUGGCGGGCUCCCUGGUGGCCCGAUCGCUAUGCGACAUAUGGAUGAUACAGAAUCACACAUCUACCGAAAAUGCAAUCGUAACAAUGGAUAAGAGUCGAUUCAGAAAACAUCUACUGGAGUUUUUAAUAGCUAUGCCUGUGAUAUCUUUGGUUAAUAAUGUAUUGAAGUGGGGAAUUGGAGAAAUUAAACUUAGAUUAAGGACUAGGAUAACGCAUUAUCUGUACGAUGAGUACUUAAAGGGUUUCACCUACUACAAAAUGUCUAACCUGGACACACGGAUAGCGAACGCCGAUCAGCUGUUGACGACGGAUGUCGAUCGAUUCUGCGACUCUUUCGCCGACCUCUACUCCAACAUCUGCAAACCUCUGCUCGACAUAUUCAUCUAUGUCUAUCAGCUGACUACCAAUGUGGGCGGGGCCACCCCAGGGCUUAUGAUGGUCUACCUUGUCUUCGCCGGCAUGUUCCUCACUUAUUUGCGACGACCAGCCGGUAGGAUGACAGUACAAGAGCAGAAACUAGAAGGAGAGUUUAGGUACAUAAACUCUCGACUCAUUGCCAACUCAGAGGAGGUGGCCUUCUAUAUGGGAAACAAUCGAGAGAAACUCACACUGUUGGCUGCUUUCCAGAAACUGACAGACCACAUGAGACAUUUCUUGGAGUUCAGGGUGCUAAUGGGUACAGUUGAUAAUUUGGUUGCCAAGUAUUUGGCAACAAUUGUUGGUUUCUAUGCGGUUAGUAUGCCUUUCAUGGAUGCCUCUCACCUGGUGCUAGCUCAUGCUUCGAAGGAUGACAGGUUCAAGCAAUACUACGCGUCAGGUCGUAUGCUUGUGAAACUGGCGGAAGCAAUCGGUCGACUGGUGUUGGCCGGCAGGGAGAUGACCCGACUGGCUGGGUUCACGGCAAGAGUCACCGAAAUCAUCACCGUCCUUAAGGACAUCAACCAAGGACACUACAAGCGCACCAUGGUUGACAGCAAAGGAUCCACCAAUCCUGCCAUCGAGAACGGCAAGGAGAAUGGAGUUGCUGUUUCGAACGGCAUAACAACACCUCUCAUUCCGAACUCUGGCAAGAUCAUAUUCCAGGACAACAUCAUCAGAUUCAACAAGGUGCCUCUGGUCACACCAAAUGGAGACUUACUCGUCAAGGAGCUCUCAUUUGAGGUCUGUUCACUUUUUAUUCCGUUUCGUCUCAAAAUACUAAUCUUCUUGUUGAAAUUCUAUUACAAUUUCUCAUAUUCAUUCCGUUUUCUGCAGGUUACAUACCCGCACACGAGGGAAGAGAUGCUACGACGAGGCAAGACAGAUGCUGACCUCACCCAACACUUGGAGCGGGUGCAGUUGUCAUACCUGUUGCAACGUGAUAAUGGCUGGGACACCAUCGCUGACUGGAUAGACGUGCUCAGUGGUGGAGAGAAACAACGUAUUGCGGUCAUACUCUACCACGCACCUCAGUUCGCCAUUUUGGACGAAUGUACAAGUGCGGUUAGUGUAGACGUGGAGGGAUCCAUGUAUGACUACUGUCGCGAGGCACAAAUCACACUCUUCACUGUCAGUCAUCGGCGCAGUCUGUGGAAACAUCAUGAGUACUACUUGCAAAUGGACGGCCGGGGAUCGUUUGAAUUCAAGAAAAUUGAACCAGAUACUGAAGAAUUCGGGUCAUGAGAUUAAAACGCAAUUAAAGUGAAUAAUUAACACUAUUUAUGUUUAAUAAUGGAUAGAGAACUGGAUUUUAAAAACGAUAUUGCUAUUUCUACUGUUUUAUUAUCUUAUUAUCAUUGUGAAUACAUAUUAUUAUUACCAUCAGUUUCAAAAAUUGGUGUCUAUUUGUUUUAAUCUACCUAUUUUUUAUUUAUAAUUGCUGAAAGCUUGGUCAAUUGAGUCAGUCUUAUUUUUCUAAUUUAUGGUGUGAAAUGUUUAUCUAGGAUGGAUCGAAUUGUGUUACGGAUCGUUGUGAUAUUGCUAAAUGAAUUAGAUAUGAUUGAUUAUGUUUA